AAACCGCACAUAAACCUGACUGUCCUCAAAUCCUUUGGCGAGCCCGGUAGUGACAAGCUCCUCUGUGAGGCUUUCGGUCUCCCGAUUCCAGACCUCCGCUCUCUUGAACUUCGUCUCCACACAUCAAACGGCGAGCCUCCCGUGGUUAUUUUCGGAGCCGGUUAUAGUAGCACAAAGACCUCGGAUGAACCGAUCUCUAUUCAAAGAAUAGAAUUCGGCUGGAGUCUAAAAAUUCACUUAACGUCUACUCCGCCAACCGCUGGUGGGUUUUUUAACUGUUCAGCGGCCAAUGAGGUUGGGUCUUCUUGGAAGGUCAUUAAGCAACCGCAAGAAUCCACAACGAAUAAGUGCAAUAAGUUGACGCAGCAGGGUACCUCGUCCAUGUCUUCAGCAAGGAAGCAAGAACCCAAUCUAACGGUCGCCCGCCGAAGCAUGACCUCCUUUGUGGGCACACUGUUUGACGCCGGCAAUUCUCUAUCUCCCACGGGAGUGCGCUAUAAGAAGAGACUAAAGUGGGACUGUGCCAAUGGCAUGAACUACUUUCUCUCUGAUGAGGACUGA